AUGGCGACGGCGGCGUGUCCUCUCCCUCACCGGUGUCUGCUCCUCCUCCAUCUGGCCCUCCUCGCUUUCCUGCUGGCGGCGGCCCCGGCGGCCGAGGCGUGGACGGGGGAGAUCCGCGGCCGCGUCGUCUGCGACGUCUGCGCCGACUCUGCCAUCGGGCCCGAGGACCACGUCCUCGAAGGCGCUGAGGUUGCUGUUCUGUGCAUCACGAAAUCUGGUGAGCUCAUCAACUACCAGGCGUUCACAAACUACAAGGGCGUCUACAGCGUUGCAGAGACAAUGCCUGAGAGCGACCGAUGGGAUUCGUGCCUGGCAAGGCCCAUCAGCAGCUUCCACCAGCAUUGCACCAGGAGGGGCGACGCACACUCUGGGGUCAAGUUCACAUACAACAAACAGUCAGGGAGCUCGCACAACGUCAAGACGUUCCUCUACAAGCCUGCCAACGUUCCUCUGUACUGUAGCUGA